GCCAAAAAAAGCUCAAAUUCAUAUCCAUACAUUUUCAACACAAUUUAUCCUUUCCUUUUUUCUUCCCUCAAUAUUUAUAUACCACACUUGAACCUCUGAAAACCAUUAGCAUCCCGAAAGACAAAAAAAAAUCUCAAGAAAAAUACAAAGGAUGAUGAUCUCAUCCUAUUUACGUGUAAUAUUACUCUUAUUAUGCGCCACUGAUCUCUACGCUUCAACAUCAAUAACCAGAACUAGAACCAGAACAAUAACCAAAAGCAGCAGAUCUAGAAGCAGAUCGAGGACUGUAUCAUUACAUCAUGUGUUCCAAACUAGUAGGUCCAAGUGUCUGGGAUGUCACCACGACUCGUUACAGUUCUUGUUCCGACAAAAUUUGGUUCGUGCCCAAAGACUCGAAGCUCCUUUGAUUUGGGACCGCAGACUCGAGCACUACGCUCAAAACUGGGCUAAUCAAAGAAAAGGAGAUUGUGCUUUAAGACAUUCUUUCCAAAACGGUGAGUUUACUCUCGGCGAAAACGUUUUCCAAGGUUACGGCAAAGACUGGUCCCCGGCCGACGCAGUGGUCGCGUGGGCCAGCGAGAAGAGGUAUUAUAAUUACGGUUCCAAUACGUGCGACCCUGGGAAGGUGUGUGGGCAUUACACACAGAUGGUGUGGAAGAACACGAGGAGGGUCGGGUGUGCACGUGUAAAGUGCGACAGUGGUGCGAUUUUCAUGACUUGUAACUAUGAUCCUCCCGGUAACUACGUCGGCCAGAAACCCUAUUGAGCGAUCAUUCAUCUACUCUUUGAUCUUAAUUUAGAAAUUGUUAUAUGAAAGGAAGUUAAGUGGAUGUAUAUAAUUUAUUUGGGUAUUUUACUAGAAAAUAGACGCCUUUUGUGUGGCUCGUGAUACUGGUUAUGUUUGUAUCUCUAAAAGUGAUUAUUUCAGUUGAUGGUUGUAAUUGCAUUUACGAUAUAUAUCCGUCCAAUUAUAAAAGAUAAUAUGUUUUUCUUUUUAAA